AUGCCUGCCUUUCAACGCCGUCAAUGUUCUCGUCAACACGAGUUUGUCCAUCAACAUCGAUUCAUUCGAACAGCUAACAACCCGAAUCAAACGUUUAUGAUUAAAAAAACGUUAAUCAAUACCGGCAUUGACAAUCUUCGCGUUUACGCGUCGACAUCAAACUACUCCGAAAAAGAAGUUGAAGCGUUCUAUAUGGACCUGGAGAAGUUUUACAGAGAAGACCACACAUUCUUCAAGGUCAUCAUUGGUCAUUUCAACGCCAAGAUUGGAUUAAGAAGAACGUCUGAAAAACGUCACAUUGGAAACCAUGGAUUAAAAUGUAACGAAGAGGGUGAGCGGUUACCUCAGCUUAUCAUGGCGAGCAAGACCAUCCAUGUUAACUCGCAAUUCCAGAAGCCUCACCCCAAACGAUGGACGUGA